UAAUCCAACCAAUAGAUGGCAGUUAACGAUGAUAAUAAUGAAAUAAUGUCGAAUAUCUCAAAUUAUGGCAGAUGAUGUUUUUGGUGAUUCCGAUGGCGAUGAUGAAUUAGCUUUGGCAUCUAAAGAAUUUGAGAGAGAUUUAGAACGUAUUGAAAAUGCGGCAUUCCAUGAUGCUUUUGAAGAAACGCGAGACAAAUUGACACAACAAUCAUUUGAUGCUGGAUAUGAGAUUGCUUUUGAAUAUUUCGAAAAGAUUGGACAACUAGAAGGAUUCAAUGAUGUUUUGAUCUAUAAGAUACAACAAGAUGAAGCUCAUGAACAAAUCAAAUCUCAAAUUUCAGAAUUGUAUAUGCGACUAGAUCGAGAAUUGGAACAGCAGAUGAAAUCAAAUGUUGAGCAAAAAUUGUAUGAAAUAUCUGAAGCAAAGAUGACAAACAUCAAGCCAAGUAAUGAAUUUAUCAAUGAAUUCAAUCAGAUUAAAGCCAAAAUCAUUGAAUGUGCAAGAUUGGCUAAUUCUGAUUUCGCUCAAAAAUUCAUUGAAGAAAUCAAUAAAAUAAAUUUUUAAAAUGAUUUUUAUUUAUUAUUA